GAAAGUUCGCUGAACUGCGACAACCUCAUCCCGAUCCCACCGUCGACAACUAACACCAGACAUCAUGCCUCCCAAGAAGAAGGUUGAGCGCGGCGCGCAGGAGAACAUCCAGCUCGGUCCCCAGGUCCGCGAGGGCGAGCUCGUCUUCGGCGUUGCCCGCAUCUUCGCCUCUUUCAACGACACCUUCGUCCACAUUACCGAUUUGUCUGGUCGCGAAACCAUCUCCCGUGUCACCGGUGGCAUGAAGGUCAAGGCCGAUCGUGAUGAGUCCUCCCCGUACGCCGCUAUGUUGGCUGCCCAGGACGUCGCUGCCCGCUGCAAGGAGCUAGGCAUUACUGCUCUACACGUCAAGAUCCGAGCCACUGGUGGUAACGGUACCAAGACCCCCGGCCCCGGUGCCCAGUCUGCCCUCCGCGCUCUCGCCCGUGCGGGCAUGCGCAUUGGCCGCAUUGAGGAUGUCACCCCCACUCCCUCCGACUCCACGAGAAGGAAGGGCGGUCGCCGUGGUCGCCGUCUCUGAGUGUGUGCGCUUUUGGGUGGUUCUUCAUGGCAUGGGAUACGGUGUUAUGAUCAAUCUUAUAAGGUCGCGGAGAAUGGCUAUGGACCGGGCUAUGGGCUGGUUCAUACCCUGAUCUCCAGGUUGUCGAACAUGGAUUCCUCGCAUGGUUACCAUAGUUCCAACGAAAUUCUUUCUACACGAAAUGAGUUGGCGACUUCAAAAGCAUGCGUUACAGAUCUGAACAAGCGUGAUUACCAUUAUAUACGGUCGGUCUCUUUCAAUCGUAUGUAUCCUGCAGUUCAACGGGUAUCAUAUCUCCACCACCUGCACC